UGAAAUAUGACAACUAAUGAGAAAGGUGACUUACGAUCUGCAGGGGUAUUUCAAGUGCUUGAUGUUGGUUGUGGUGUUGCCAAUUUCUCUGCCUAUCUUCUUCCUUUAAGUAUAUAAACAAUGUCCUUUGCUCCUAAAGAUGGUCAUGAGAACCAAAUUCAGUUUGCUUUGGAACGAGGAAUCGGUGCAACAAUAUCUGCUAUAGCAAUAAAACAACUGCCAUAUCCUAGCAACUCUUUUGAGAUGGUGCAUUGUUCCAGAUGUCGAGUUGAUUGGCAUGAAAAUGGUAUUGAUCGAGAAAAGUUCUUAGCGGAUACAAUCUAUUGGCAAGAUCAAGUUCGCCAUUACUGGAGACUGAUGGAUGUAAAUGAGAAAUAAAUACUUAAUGUAAUGGACAUGAGUGCUUCCCUUGGUGGAUUUGCAGUUGCUCUCAAUACAUGGCCGAUCUGGGUGAUGAAUGUAGUUUCUGUAACAAUGAACAACACCCUCUCUGCCAUUUAUGAUAGGGGUCUUAUAGGGACUUUUCAUGACUGGUGUGAUCCAUUCCCCACGUACCCACGCUCUUAUGAUUUGUUGCAUGCCAACAAUCUUCUCUCUCACUAUAAAGGUCGUGAUGAAGGUUGUUUGCUUGAGGAUAUCAUGCUGGAAAUGGAUCGUAUCCUUCGACCUCAGGGAAAUGGAGGUGAUCAGAUUUGAAGAGUCGCCACAAGUCAAUUUGAUCUCAUUGAAGUGGAUGAUGAAGAGUUUUUGAACUGUUGUAAAAGUUUGAAUACAUUAUGUUUGAUUUUGUGAAAUGUAUUCAUUGCUAGAAUAUAUUGAACUAUUGUAAGAGUACUUUUUGAACUAUUAUGUACACAUAUUUAGAAUAUUGCUUUAUAAGUAUGUGUAUGUACGCAAGACAUACUAUCUUUUGAAGUUUAUUGUAAAUCUAUAUGUUUGAAUUA